UAAAAAGGUGUUUCAAUGCAAGAAUCUGUGCAUUCAGGAACAGAAGGUACUGCUCCAGUGUAACAAAGAGGUUUAUUUGCAAAAUAUGAACUUUGAAUGAAUCUUUUGCACGAAUAUUAAUAAAAUAUUUGAUAUUUUGAGCAGCAACCGUCAGAAAUGUUAUCUGCAAUUGUGAAGGAACAUCAAAGCAAACAAGCUGUACGAAAGGAAAGGCAAGAGCAAAAACGAAAAGAGGCUGUUCAGGCUGCAAGUAACUUGACACAAGCUCUUGUUGAUCACCUGAAUGUUGGUGUAGCUCAAGCUUACUUAAACCAGAAGAAAUUAGACGCAGAGGCAAAACAACUUCAACAUAGUGCAACCAAUUUUGCUAAGCAAACGCAAUUGUGGUUGAAUUUGGUAGAAUCCUUCUCAAGCUCUUUAAAAGAAAUCGGAGAUGCAGAAAAUUGGGCACGCAGUAUAGAAGGAGACAUGAGAACAAUAGCCACUGCUUUGGAGUAUUCAUAUAAAGCUACCCAAGAGAAUCAAAGUGCUGGUAAUGUUUAAAGAUAUGAAUAUGUUGGACAUUGUUUCCUCUUGCAAGCAUAAUCUGGUUAUAUCAUCACGAACAACAUGAAGAUUUUCAGAAUAAUUUAUAAUAAUUUCAUAACAUAAAGGAAAGCUUACAUUAAGAUGUAGAGUUAGUGAUAUUUAAGUUAUCAAAGAAAAAAAUUUUCUACAUAAUUUUUUUUUAUAAAGUUAAAUGUAUGAUUUAAAAUUUGUUUUAAUUAAAAGGAAUUAUUGAAAUGUUA